GUGAUGGCAGGGGAAGCCAGUGAGUCCUCAGCUGAUCUUCAGCUUGCAAAGGGCUUGUGGAAUCGCCUUCAAUGAAAGCAGUUCCUUUUAACCACGAGGACACAGAUAAAUAGGAUUUACAAGCCCCGGGGAGCUCUUGAGAAGCCUUCAAAUGCCACAAUCAACUGCUACUUCAAAGAAAACUAAAUAGAUGGUUCUGGAAGGUCCAUGCUGUCUCUUCAUUGAAUUUUAGAAUGAUUGAAGAUAGUGGGAAAAGAGGAACCACCAUGGCAGAGAGAAGACAGCUGUUUGCAGAGAUGAGGGCUCAAGAUCUGGAUCGUAUCCGACUCUCCACCUACAGAACAGCAUGCAAGCUGAGAUUUGUGCAGAAGAAAUGCAAUUUGCACCUGGUGGACAUCUGGAACGUCAUCGAAGCCUUGCGGGAAAACGCUUUGAAUAACCUCGACCCAAACAUAGAACUCAACGUGGCCCGCCUGGAGGCCGUGCUCUCCACCAUCUUUUACCAGCUCAAUAAACGGAUGCCGACCACUCACCAAAUCCACGUGGAGCAGUCCAUCAGCCUCCUGCUGAACUUCCUGCUCGCAGCCUUUGACCCGGAAGGCCAUGGUAAAAUCUCAGUAUUUGCUGUCAAAAUGGCUUUGGCCACAUUGUGUGGAGGGAAGAUCAUGGACAAGUUAAGAUAUAUUUUCUCAAUGAUCUCCGACUCCAGUGGGGUGAUGGUGUACGGAAGAUACGACCAGUUCCUUCGGGAAGUUCUCAAACUUCCCACAGCCGUCUUUGAAGGUCCUUCAUUUGGCUAUACGGAACAGUCAGCCAGAUCCUGCUUCUCCCAACAGAAAAAGGUCACCUUAAAUGGCUUCUUGGACACGCUCAUGUCAGACCCUCCUCCACAGUGCCUGGUCUGGCUGCCUCUUCUGCACCGACUGGCAAACGUAGAAAAUGUCUUCCAUCCAGUUGAGUGUUCCUACUGUCACAGUGAGAGCAUGAUGGGAUUUCGCUACCGAUGCCAGCAGUGUCACAACUACCAGCUCUGCCAGGACUGCUUCUGGAGGGGCCAUGCCGGAGGUUCCCAUAGCAACCAGCACCAAAUGAAAGAGUAUACAUCAUGGAAAUCGCCUGCUAAGAAGCUAACGAAUGCAUUAAGCAAGUCCCUGAGCUGUGCUUCAAGCCGUGAACCUUUGCACCCCAUGUUCCCAGAUCAGCCUGAAAAGCCACUCAACUUGGCUCAUAUAGUGCCUCCAAGACCUGUAACCAGCAUGAACGACACACUCUUCUCCCACUCGGUUCCCUCCUCAGGAAGUCCGUUCAUCACUAGGAGCUCUCCUCCCAAGGACAGUGAAGUAGAACAGAACAAAAUGCUGGCUAGGGCUGCUCCAGCCUUUCUGAAGGGCAAAGGGAUACAGUACAGCCUGAAUGUGGCAGACAGGCUAGCUGAUGAACAUGUUCUCAUUGGGUUGUAUGUCAACAUGCUCCGGAACAACCCAUCAUGUAUGCUUGAGAGUUCAAACCGGCUUGAUGAAGAACACAGGCUGAUCGCCAGGUAUGCGGCACGCCUGGCAGCAGAGUCCUCCUCAUCCCAGCCGACUCAGCAGAGGAGUGCUCCCGACAUCUCCUUCACCAUCGAUUCAAAUAAACAGCAAAGGCAGCUGAUUGCAGAGCUAGAAAACAAGAACAGAGAAAUCCUACAAGAGAUCCAGAGACUUCGGCUAGAGCAUGAGCAAGCUUCUCAGCCCACACCGGAGAAGGCACAACAGAACCCAACCUUGCUGGCAGAACUGCGACUCCUCAGACAACGCAAGGAUGAGCUAGAACAGAGGAUGUCUGCGCUCCAGGAGAGCCGGAGGGAGCUGAUGGUGCAGCUGGAAGGGCUCAUGAAGCUGCUCAAGGAAGAAGAAUUGAAGCAGGGAACCCAGGGGGCAGGCUCCCCUCGCUCCUCCCCCAGCCACACCGUCAGCAGGCCCAUUCCCAUGCCCAUCCGGUCAGCAUCUGCCUGCUCCACCCCAACGCACACCCCUCAGGACUCCCUCACUGGGGUAGGGGGAGAUGUGCAAGAGGCCUUUGCACAAAGUUCAAGAAGGAAUUUAAGGAAUGACUUGCUGGUGGCCGCAGAUUCCAUCACUAACACUAUGUCCUCGCUGGUGAAAGAGCUGAAUUCAGAGGUGGCAAGUGAAACAGAAAGUACUGUGGAUUCUGAAUUUGCAAGAACUCAGUUCGAAGGUCUGGUUCCAUCACCAACCUCUGACAAGGCUUUUCUAGCCCAAAUCCAUGCCAGAAAACCCGGGUACAUCCACGGUGGAGCUGCAAGUACCAUGCACGGCGACAUCGUCCCUGAAGAUGGGGAUUCUUACGUACAACCCGAGGAUGAGAACUACGAGAACGAGUCUGUGCGGCAGCUGGAGACUGAGCUGCAGAUGGAGGAGUACCUGACACAGAAGCUGCAGGACGAAGCUUUCCAGGUCAGCUUGCAAGGUUGAAUGCAAUAUCUCUUUCUCACUCUCCUCUCAAGCAAGCUAUAGUCAGACAGAUGAUGAGAGUAACAUGACAUCCGGUGACGAAGAGAGCUGCGCCUGCAAAGAGGAGGAAGACAGCA